AUGGCCGACGAGAACGGCACCGAGCCCAUCAAGCGCGAUGUGCGCAACCACAUGCUGUUCGAGGUGGCCACCGAGGUGGCCAACCGCGUUGGCGGCAUCUACUCGGUGCUCAAGUCCAAAGCUCCCGUCACCACCGCCGAGUAUGGCGAGCGCUAUACGUUGAUCGGCCCUCUCAACAAGGCUUCUGCCGCUGUCGAGGUUGAGGAGCUCACGCCCUCCAACCCCGCCAUGCGCGAGACCAUUCAGUCUAUGCAAUCGCGCGGCAUCGAGAUCCUCUACGGCCGCUGGCUGAUUGAGGGGGCCCCGCGCGUGCUGCUGAUCAACACUGGCACGGGCUACCGGUGGCUGGACGAGUGGAAGGGUGAUCUGUGGAACACCUCCGGCAUCCCGUCGCCGGCGGCCGAUCAUGAGACUAACGAGGCGAUCAUCUUUGGAUACUUGGUGGCCUGGUUCUUGGGUGAGUACAUCGCCCAUGAACGUCGCCGGGCUGUCGUCGCCCAUUUCCAUGAAUGGCUGGCCGGUGUGGCUCUGCCCUUGACCAAGAAGCGGCAUAUGGACCUGACUACCAUCUUCACCACGCACGCCACACUGCUGGGUCGUUAUCUCUGCGCGGGAUCCGUCGAUUUCUACAACAACCUUCAAUACUUUGAUGUGGAUGCCGAGGCCGGAAAGCGUGGUAUUUACCACCGCUACUGCAUUGAACGAGCCGCUGCUCACAGUUGCGAUGUCUUUACCACGGUCUCGCACAUUACUGCCUUUGAGAGCGAGCACUUGCUCAAGCGCAAGCCCGACGGCGUCCUGCCCAAUGGUUUGAACGUGAAGAAGUUCUCCGCCAUGCACGAGUUCCAGAACCUGCACUCGCAGGCCAAGGAGAAGAUCAACGACUUUGUCCGCGGCCACUUCUACGGACACAACAACUUUGACCUGGACAACACCCUCUAUCUUUUCACCGCUGGUCGGUACGAGUUCCGCAACAAGGGUGUUGACAUGUUCAUCGAGGGUCUGGCUCGUCUCAACCAUCGUCUCAAGUCCGCCGGGUCCACCAUGACUGUCGUUGCCUUUAUCAUUAUGCCGGCUCAGACUUCAUCCCUCACGGUCGAGGCCCUCAAGGGCCAGGCUGUGGUCAAGUCCCUCCGUGACACCAUUGAGAACAUCGAGAAGGGCAUCGGCAAGCGCAUGUACGAGCGUUGUCUCGAGUGGAAGGAGGGUGACAACAUGCCCGACGAGAAGGAUCUCAUCACCAGUCAGGACCGAGUCCUGCUCCGUCGCCGCCUGUUCGCCAUGAAACGACACGGCCUCCCGCCGAUCGUCACCCACAACAUGGUCAACGACCACGAGGAUCCGAUCUUGAAUCAGCUCCGCCGUGUGGAACUCUUCAACAAGUCUUCCGAUCGCGUGAAGGUGGUCUUCCAUCCCGAGUUCCUCAACUCCUCCAACCCGGUGCUACCCUUGGAUUACGAUGACUUUGUCCGCGGAACCCAUUUGGGAGUGUUCCCGUCCUAUUAUGAGCCGUGGGGAUAUACACCGGCCGAGUGCACGGUGAUGGGUGUUCCCAGCAUCACCACUAACCUGUCCGGUUUCGGUUGCUACAUGGAGGAGCUGAUCGAGAACUCCUCCGACUAUGGUAUCUACAUUGUGGAUCGUCGCACCAAGGGAGUGGACGACUCGGUCAACCAGUUGUCCGACUUCAUGUAUAACUUCACCGAGAAGAGCCGACGCCAGCGAAUCAACCAGCGUAACCGGACGGAGCGCCUGAGCGAUCUGCUCGACUGGAAGCGGAUGGGCCUGGAAUACGUGAAAGCCCGCCAGCUGGCCCUUCGGAGAGCCUAUCCCUCCUCGUUUGACGGAACCGAGGACUAUUUCAACAUCAUCGGUGGCACUGAUCAGAAGCUUUCCCGGCCUCUGUCAGUUCCGGGCUCCCCCUCGGGAUCGGAGGGCCGCGAGGGACUGACCACCGAGGACUACAUCGCUUGGAAGCUCCCUGAGGAGGAAGAGCCAGAUGACCACUUCUAUCCACUUACCCUGCGACCUCGCAAGACGGCGGAGCGUCCCCAGUCCCCACUGGACAGCAUAGCGAUCAAUGGGGUCCGCCAAGCGGAGGGCAGUAGUCCGAAGCAGGAGUGA